CUUGGCAAUAUGGCGUCGGCCGGGCAGCGAAGGCUCCGGCUUUUUCUCCUCGGGACUAUUGCGGACUUGUGAGGCUGACCUGGCUCCGAGAUGGGGUCUCUGUUGCCGCUCGGCCUCCUGUGGGGGCUCCUCCUGCUGCAGGACGUCUUGAGGCCGCUGCGUGGGGACCCGGUUUUCAUUCCACCUUUCAUCCGAAUGUCCAGCCCUGAGGUCAGCGCGUCCCUGGUCGGAGGCAGUGAGGAUGUCACCGUGUCUCUGACUACGCUGCAGGUGGAGAAAGGAGUGUUGCCAGUUCCUACUUGUGGUGGUCUUAGCAAUGAGACAGGAGAUUGGAAUGUGACUGUGAUUCCCAGUAUGAACGUGCUAGAAGUGAGAAUCCGGUGGAAGAGGGGUCUGGACUGGUGCUCCUCGAAUGGGGCUGCGUCCUCCUCAGCGCUCCCGUGCAUCGUCCAGACUCUGCUGGUCUCAGCAUCCCACAAUUCAUCCUGCUUAUCACAUCUGCUCAUUCAGGUGGAGAUUUAUUCCAACACGUCUGUGACCCACAAUGCAUCAGAUAACAUGACUGUCAUUCCUAACCAAGUCUAUCAGCCUCUGGGUCCCUGCCCUUGCGACUUGACAGCCAAGGCCUGUGACAUUCGCUGCUGCUGUGACCAAGACUGCCAGCCAGAAGAGAGAGAGCUGUUCCAGCAGUCCUGCUUCUCCGGCGUGUUCGGAGGGGACGUCAACCCUCCCUCCCACCAGCGCUGUGCAGCUGGCACCGCUCAUGAGACCCAGGACUGGUUUCCUUUCCUGUGUGUGCAGUCACCCCCCUCCACCUCACCUUUCCUUGGUCACUUCUAUCACGGUGCCACUUCCCCCAGACAUGACCCCGCCUUUGAAGCUCAACUGCACCUCAAUCUAAGAGACUUUGCUGAUGCCGUUUACAAACAAGGUGAUCCCAUCAUGACCACGCAGGGGUAUUUUACCGUCCCUCAGGUGUCCCUAGCUGGACAGUGUCUGCAAGGUGCUCCAGUGGCUUUCCUGAGGAAUUUUGAUGUUAAAUGUACCAUCGAUCUGGAAGUGUACCAAGAGCAAGAUGGCUUUAUCCCCGAGAAUGGAAAGAUCCGCACGGCAGGAGGUCUGAUCACACCAACAGUAACCUAUGAGAAAGCCGCUGACUUGGACAAGCUCAUCUCUAGUCCAGGCACACUUUUAAACACUGGAUCUGCCCCCAGGAAUGUGACUGUGGAAGAGCAUUAUGUUUUCAGAUGGCAAAAUAAUUCUAUCAGUGGACUAGACAUCACAAUCAUCAGGGCAGAAAUCAGUGCCCACCAGAAAGGAACAAUGACCCAGAGGUUUACAGUGAAGUUUUUAAGUUAUAACAGUGGUGAUGAGAAGGAAUCUUCUGGAAAUCCAGGUUACCAGCUUGGCAAGCCGGUCCGAGCCCUACAUGCCAAUGGGAUGAAUAUCACUGCAUUACACCUCUGGCAGCCAGCUGGAAGGGGCUUGUGCGCUACAGCCACUCUCAGACCCCUUUUGUUUGGAGAGAAUGUACUCGCCGGCUGCCUUCUGGAGGUUGGGAUUAAUGAGAACUGUACGCAGCUCAGGGAGAAGGUCCUCCAGAGGCUAGAUUUGUUGGUACAAGCAACGCAUGUCGCAAGAAGAGGCAACUCAGAUUACAGCGAUCUGAGUGAUGGCUGGCUGGAGAUCAUACGUGUUGACACCCCUGAUACAGGUGCCGACUUGCCCCUGAGCAGUGCGAAUGGCAUCUGCCCGGAAGUCCCUACCCAGCUCACCAUCCGAAUCCUCAUUGCCGAAGCUGGCGCUGUGGAAGGGGUGGCUCAGCAGGAGAUCCUCGGCGUGGAGACAAGGUUCUCCACAGUGACCUGGCAGUACCAGUGUGGGCUUGCCUGUGAGGACAAGGCCGAUCUUCUCCCUCUUAGUGCCUUGGUUCAGUUCAUUAAAAUCCCUGCGCAGAUGCCCCAGCCCCCAACAAGAUUCCAGAUCAACUUCACGGAGUAUGACUGUACCCGGAAUGAGCUAUGUUGGCCCCAACUUCUGUACCCUCUGACCCAGUAUUACCAAGGGGAGCCCCAUUCCCAGUGUGUUGCCAAAGGCCUGAUGCUGCUGUCUCUCCUCAUGCUGGCCACACUCCUCAGUCAUCCUUGGAUUAGAAUAUGCAGAGGCCGGUGCUCAACUCCCAUCUACCAUUAAGCUUUCUCUAAGACUCGGAGCACCCACUCAGUGGCUCCCUGCAGGCCUGUGUGUCUCUCUGAAACCCUUUUGUUUGAGACAAGGUGUCACUAUGUAGCCCUGGCUUUCCUCUAAAUGCACAGGGAUCUUCCAUCUCUGCCUCCAGAGUGGUGGGAUUAAAGGAAUGCACCACCAUGCCCGACUCAUCUGAAAAUUUUAAUAAACAAAAUGUCUAUUUUUGUAGAAA